AUGGCUAUUCCUAUUUCACUCUCUCAAGCCUCUUUGGCAGCCAUCAUACUAGGCUCCGUCUACGGGAAUUAUGUCGCUCUAUCACCGCCCAACCCCAGUCACCAUGUUGCACCUUCAACCGGAGACUCGGUUCGUGGCUUGCUUUUGACCAAGAAACACUCGACCAAGGUGGCACUAGCUCCUUGGGGGUUAUUAGCGCUGCAGUCUGCUGCUCUGACCUUGCGCUACCCGGACAUACCAGCCUCUGUCGUCCGGCACGGUGCAGAGAACGGGCUCAACAAGAACCUCAUAACAUGGUCUCCUGCAACUGUGAUACCCUUGGCCCUGACCUUCGGCGCCGGAAUCCCUCUCCGUUUGAUACCCUAUGCAUCGCUGGGUAAGAACUUUACCUUUGCUCUUAAAAGGCCCGACAGGUUGAAAACGACGGGUAUAUAUCAAUAUGUCCAGCACCCGAGUUAUACCGGUCUUCUUAUUCUCAUGUUUUCCAACGCAGCCCUUCUCGGUAGAAUGGAUGGGCCCCUCAGCUGUUGGAUUCCUCCACAAUAUUACAAUGCCUUGUAUUGGACUCUGGGCUUCCUCGCACCAUGUGCAUCACUUGUCCUGUGUGGCAUAUGGAAAAGAUCAACCUAUUCAACCCUCCCAACUUCUUGA